CGACGGGGCCAUAAAAGCAGAACGGGCACGGGGGGGUGGGAAAGAGGCACCAUGGUGGGCCCUGGCAUGGUGGGGGGCUCCAGGGGGCUGCUCUCGGCCCGCCUGGGCUGCCAUGUGCAGGAGGAGGACGUGGGCAGGAGGGAAACCUUCAGCGCCGAGUGGCUGGACCUGGAGCUCAGCUCCCGACCUGAGGAGGGGUGGUGCCGGCGGGAGGAGGACACGCGGCGCCGGGAGACGCUGGAGCAGCGCGGGGCCGUGCGGGUGCUGGAGCAGCGCUCGCCCUGGGGGCUGCUGCGGGUGGGGGUCCUGGGGCAACCCCUGGCCCAGCACCUCCUGCCCUACGCCCGCACCCUCCCCGUGCCCCUCUUUGCCCCCUCAGACCUCCGCGGUGCCAAGGGGGGGAUCCCCCGCACCCUCUCCCGCUCCCUCUCCCACGAAGCCCAGCGGGGCUGAGCGCGGCAGAGGGGCCGGGGGAGGUCGGGGUGGGGGGCAGGACGGUGAUGUUGGGGGGCUGGGGGGACCCACACGCCUGGGUCUGCUCAGCCGCCCCGAAGAGGCAGCACAAGAAGGAGGGGGCAGGUGGGGGUGGGCUCCCAUUCGCUUGGGACCCCACCCCGCUGCGGGCGUGGUGGAGGCCGGUGGGGAUGAGGACCCCGCGGGUCGGGGGGCUCCCGCCCUUCGGGGGGCUCCCGGCAGCUCCGGCGUGACUCAGUUUCCCUGGCGAAAAGAAGGGAAUGCGAGGAUGAGGAACGCUGAA